UCCUACCCUAAAAUCCGCAGCUGCAGGAGCUGUACUCGGGAUAUCUCUCUUUCCCUCUCUCUCUCUCUGUAUACAUGGAAAUGGCAGGCCUUCCAAUUCUACCCCUGUUGCUUCUAGGACUCUUUCCAUCGUUCUUCGGAACGGGUUUUCCUUAAUUCAAGGAAGUUUGGUAUUGUGAAAGGAGCUUCUUUUGGAGGGGCAAUGGCCGAAAAUGUUAGAAAACGAGUUUCAAAAUGGGAUUUGGUACCAGAAACUCAUUUUUCAAGUGAAACUGUACAAGAGAUUCCUCUGUCUGGGAAAGCAGGCAAUUCUUGUCAUGAAAAAGAAUCAAAUUCAGGGUGGGGUUCUUCAAAAAGUUCUGAAACCCAUGUCACAAAGUCACCUGACAUGGAAGCCAACAUGGCUGUGAGAUCUAAAGAUUCUUCUGGAGCAUCAUGCUGGGAGCACAUGCCUAGAAGCAAAAAUGAAGGGAAAGAUGGAAACAUCGACAGUGACAGAGGGGAGAUUUCACCAACCGCAAGGAUAUGUGAUAGAGAUCAGGGUUAUGGCAUGCACAUGUCUCCAGUUCUUGAUGCUUGGGGGCAGCAGAGUCGCAGUCACUCUCCGAAGAGUAGGUGGAGCAGGUCACGCAGGAGUAGAAGCAGAAGCCCUCCCCAUGGUUUUAAGCGUGAACGGCGUGACUGGAAUCACAGUGGUGGAACAGGAGGAUCAUCUGCACCAUGUCGGGAUUUUAGUAAGGGAAGGUGCAGGAGAGGAAGUCAAUGCAGGUUUCUUCAUCAGGACGGCUAUGCUUAUGAUGGCAGGAGGCAUUAUGAUGGUGAUCCUGCAGAAGGCAGGGCAAGCAGACAAGACCGAGGUCCUGGGUAUGCUGGUGAUGAAGCCUAUUCUGAUUCACAGGAGCCAAGUGAUUACUCACGGGAUAAGCUCUCCCAUGGCUCUGGGAGUCGCUAUGAUGGAGACCGAGAGAAGCAUGACCGACAGAGGAACAUAAGAUCUUUGGUUCGCUGUAAUGAUUUUUUGAAAGGCAAGUGCUACAGAGGAUCCACAUGCAAAUAUGUUCAUCAUGGUGACUCUACUGAUGGUUAUGGUGGAUGGUCAUCAAAAGAAGGGGCAAGAGAAAGGGCCCAUGACAGAAGAGAGUCUGACAUAUCUUUUGGACAUGAUCAGAGGCGUGAACCUCCCAGGAACAAUGACACUCCUUGCAAGUUUUUUGCUGAAGGCCGUUGCUACAAAGGUGAAAAUUGUUGGUUCUCUCAUCUGGGUUCAGUGCGUGGUGUUCCAGAAGGGAGGUCUAGGGAUGAUGGGUGGAGCCUUAGUUUAGGCACUGAGGAUCCAAAAUUGAGUGAUAAAGCUCCUGAUGGAAAUGUAUGCACUUCCCCUCGUUGGGGUGGUCCCGAAAAUGAACCAUGGGGUGGUCCAACAUGGGGUGAUAAAGGAUCCGACAAUGAUGUGGCAAAUUCCCCUCAGUGGGGCCACAACAGCAGUGCAAUAGGUGUUCCCGAAAAGAAUAGACUGUGGGAAGGACCAAAAUUGGGUAUUGAUGAAGCAUCUGACAAAAAUAUAUCCACCCCCCCACGGUGGAAGAGCAAUGAAAUUAAUGCAAGAGGGGAUGCUCCCGAAUCAGGCCUUCCUGAGUCAAGUGAUACAGAAAUUUUUCUUGAUGCUACAGGAGUGCCUCCUACAGGGACAAACAGAGAGGGAUUUCCUCACCACAUGGAUAGUCAAGAACCCAUACACAAUCCUCAGGAUUCACGAUCUCGAAAUCCUGAAGAAGACAUCAAGCAUCAAAUUUUACCAAAGGAAGUCCCUGAUAUCAAUUUACCUGCCUGCGAACAGAAUACAAAUCCUGAAGUUUCAGGCAAGCAACCACAGCAUGCUUUGGAAAUUCCAAUGCAGCCAGAGGUAUCAGAAAAUUCUUAUAUUCAACAGCAUCCUGGCUUGAAAGCAGAUGGUCAGGUGUUGUUACCCUGUGAUGACAGAAAUAAGGUCACUAACAGCAACAAACCACACAAUGACAUCGACUCUGCAAAUAAUUUUCCUGCUAACAUUUCUGCGCCUGGACAAUGCUUCAAUGAGAAUGGGCAUAGACGACAGAUAGUCCCUCCACCGCUUCCUUCAGUUGUACAAAGCUCUUUUCCAAAUGGGCAGAGUCAAUGGCUAGACUUUCCAUCUCCAAAUAGUGAAAAUUUUAACCCAAGUGCGCAUACUCAACAAACAGUCCUUCCACCUUCAGACCGUCAGAAUUUCUACCCGAGUGGCCACAGUCAACAGAUAGUCUUUCCGCCUCCAAAUGGGCAAAAUUUCAACCCCAAUAGCCAACAGAUGAUCCCUCAGCCUCCUUCAAGUGUGUGCCCCCAGACAAUGUUGGGUCAGGACGAAUCGACUAAAAGGCCUGGCGUACCAGAUGUAAAUAUGUUGCCCGUGGCUUCUGAGACUCCGAUAGCUCGAAACACAGCCAGUGAGCAAUUCUCCCAAAUAACAGAUAUUUCAGCAUCUCUUGCUCAAAUUUUUGGAAAUGGGCCCCAUCUUCCACAAUUAUAUGCCUCCCUAAGUAAUCUCAGUGCUGCAGGACUGGUGCCUUCUCUCCCCUAUUCCCAGUCCAAAAACAUGCAGCCUCCUGCACCCACUGCAGCUCCAUCCAUUCAGCCCAAUCAACGCUCUUGGCCCCAAAAUCAGUAUGACCCCUUGUGCAAUAGCAUGGAGCCUGUCAAUCUGGAUAUCAAUGAUCAUCCCCUGGGGGUUUUAUCAAAUUCCUUUGACCAGAAAACUACUGGCUGCAUUGAAGAAUCACAAGCACCCUUGAAGAGCAUGGUCCCAUUGCCAGCUACUAGUGGGCAUAAUGAUGGUGAUCCUCAUGGUAGUGGUGGGCCAGAGGAGAAGUUACAUCAAGAAAAUCAAAAGAACAUGGAUUCUAUGGCUAAGGAAGUGAAUGAAGAGACAAAUGGCCAAAGUGAGAAAGAACAACAAACUGGCCAUUUGAAGGACAUGGAUGCAGAUGAUGCUCAGGUCGACGAAGAGAGUAAGAGAAGCAAGGAUGGGAAGGGGAUGAGGAUGUUCAGAUUCUCACUCGUGGAGUUUGUCAAGGAGCUGCUGAAGCCCACUUGGAAGGAAGGUCACAUGAGUAAGGAGGCUCACAAAGCCGUAGUGAAGAAAGUAGUCGAAAAAGUGACGGGUGCCAUGCAAGGUCCUCUUAUCCCUCAGACUCAAGAGAAAAUCGACCAUUAUCUAUCUUCUUCCAAACCCAAGCUUACCAAACUUGUACAGGCUUAUGUGGAAAAAUAUCUGAAGACUUGAGAGCAUGCUUGAAAUCUCAAGUAUUGUUUAUCUGUUUAUUGUAUCAUAAAGAUGCUCUUACAUCUUUAUUUCCUGACUGGAAAUUUUGUAAAUUCAAGCUUAGGCUUGGUCUAUGUAGUGCUACGUCAGUGUAAAAUUGAAUUAAUUCACUGCAGUAUUUUUGUUUAGUUGAACUGCUUUGCAUUCUUCUCUUUCA